CCAUCCGCCACUGUAUAAAACACACACUCUCUACAAUCAAUACUUACAGUACUCCCCCUUUCCCUCUAAAAAGCACACCUUUCAACACACGCACACACACAGAUUGAAAGACUCACAUGUGGUGUUGGUUUUGGUGUGGCAGAGAGCGCAAUGGGAGACUCGUCGUUGCCGGAGGAGGAGCCAAUAGCAGUGCCGCCGGACGAUUUGCGUUGCAAUCGGAAUGAUGGCAAGUUGUGGCGGUGCAAAGGUAGGAGGAUCCAGGAGAAGACCUUUUGCGAAAAGCACUAUUUUCAAUCUCUUCAAAACAACUCUUUGAAGAAAUCCAAACUAAAGUCUACUGCUUCUAGUUCUAGGGUUUCCAACAGCACAACCAACAAUAACCACCGCACGUCUUCCGGAAAUAAGCCCAAACAAUCAGGGCUUUUCUCGACAUCAAACAGCAAGAAGCAGAGAAAGAGAAAGAGAAGAAAAGAAGAGUCUGAUGAUGAGGUGAUUCCGACGAAGAAAAGGCGUAGUCAGAAAGUUGUGGAUGAGAAAGAGAAGGUAAACAUUAAAGGAAAAGAGGAACAAAGAAUCAAUGAUAGUGAUGGAACUGAUGAUUCAGAGGAGAAUGAGGAUGUUAGUUUGGGAAAAGGAGUGAAAAAACCUUCGUCUGAUAACAAGAAGAAAUCAAGAAUGGAGAUCAUAACCGAUCAAGAAGAAGAAGAUGUUGACGACGACGAGGAGUACAGCGACAGCAGAGAAGAAGGUGAUUCAGAGGAAGAGAAGGUGGCUGAUUGGGUAAAAAAAGCGAAAAGGAAUGAAAAAAUUGAGUCAUUGUCACUAGAUGGGAAAAAGAAGGUUGUGGAGUUUGGAGAGAAGAAGAUAUUGGGAGUGAAGGCAAAAACCAAACAGAAGGAAGAAGAUAAAGAAGACGAGGAUGGUGAAGAUGAUUCAGAGGAGGCUAAUUUGGUGAAAAAAGCGAAAAAGAAUGAAAAAAUUGAUUCAUUGUCACUAGAUAGGAAAAAGAUGGUUGUGGGGUUUGGAGAAAAGAAAAAAUUGGGAGUGAAGUCAAAGGAAGAAGAUAAAGAAGACGGGGAUGGUGAAGAUGAUUCAGAGGAAGAGGAGGCGGCUAAUUUGGUAAAAAUAGUGAAAAAGAAUGACAAAAUUGAGCCAUUGCCACUAGAUAGGAAAAAGAAGGUAGUGGGGCUUGCAGAGAAGAAGAAAUUGGGAGUGAAGGCUAAAAUCAAACAGAAUGAUUUAGACAAAUAUGAUGAGGAUGAUUUAGAGGAUAACAAGGGUGUUGAUACAUUUGAAAAAGCUAAUAAGAAGGUAAACAAUGCCAAGAAUGAAUCAGCAUCAAGAAAGAAGAGGGAAAAAGCCGGCUCGGCUAACGAAAGCAAAGACUAUGACCAUGACGAUGAUUCAAAAGCUAAGGAUUAUUAUUUAGGUAUAAGAAAGUGUAGGUUGAAGCAAAAAAGCCAGCCCUUGGAUACGAGGAGAAGGCAUUUUGUUUCCGAUGUGAGUGGAGAUGACUGUAAUAUGUGCCAUCAAUGCCAGAGGAGCGAUAAGGAGAAGGUGGUGCGGUGCCGCAAGGGCAGCUGUCGCAAACGUUUUUGUGUUCCAUGCAUUCAGAGAUGGUACCCCAGACUGUCAGAGGAAGAAAUAGCAGCAACUUGCCCAUACUGUUGUGGGAACUGCAACUGCAAAGCUUGUUUACGUAGAACUGAUAUAAUUAAGGAUAACAAAUAUUCAGGAUUGCCAGAAAGUAAGGAUGAAAAGAUUCAGCACUUGAAGUAUCUGGUACAUGUACUCUAUCCGUUCUUGAAGCAAUUCGAUGAUGACCAAAUGCUGGAAAAAGAUAUUGAGGCUAUGAUUCAAGGGUUACCACCAUCGGAGGUGGAGUUACAGCAGGCAGCUUGUUAUGAAAAUGAACGUGUUUACUGCAACAAUUGCAGAACCUCUAUAGUUGAUUUUCAUAGAAGUUGUCCGAAUUGUUCCUAUGAUCUCUGCCUGACUUGCUGCUGGGAAAUUCGGAACGGCUGCUUGCGAGGAGAGAAACCUCUCCCUUUGCCUAUGGAUCAGAAAGGUUCUCUGAGUUCUUCUCUUAAGUCUAGUUCAGAGGAUAAAAAGAGUCCAAUUUCUGAGUGGAAAGCAAAGGAAACCGGUGUCAUACCUUGCCCAACAAAGGAAAUGGGUGGUUGCGGUCAUGAUUGUUUGGAGCUCAAGUGUAUGUAUCCAAAAAGCUGGGUCUCAGAGUUGAAGAAGAAAGUUAAAAAAAUAGUGGAAACCCAUGAACUUGCAGAUUUGGACAGAAUAUCUAAGCAACGAUGCUCAUGUUUUAAAUCAGAUGUUGAGAUUGACAUUGGUAAUGGGAAACUUCGCAAAUCUGCUUCUAGAAAAGAUUCCGAAGACAACUAUCUGUACUGUCCUUCAGCCAGUGAUAUCCAGCAGGGGGAUCUGCAGCACUUCCAGAGACAUUGGAUCAGGGGAGAGCCAGUCAUUGUUAGCAAUGUUCUUGAAUUUUCAUCUGGACUGAGUUGGGAACCAAUGGUUAUGUGGCGUGCAUUCCGUGAGAUUACAUAUACCAAGGGUUCCUCAGAUUUGGCAGUGAAUGCAAUAGAUUGCCUUGAUUGGUGUGAGGUGGAGAUAAAUAUUCACCAAUUUUUUAAAGGGUACUCAGAAGGUAGAUCACACAGAAACUCUUGGCCUGAGAUGCUCAAACUGAAAGAUUGGCCCCCAUCUAAUUUAUUUGAGGAGCGCUUACCACGCCAUGGUGCAGAAUUUGUCAGUGCCUUGCCAUAUUCGGAAUACACACAUCCCCGUUCUGGUCUGCUUAAUGUUGCCUCAAAGUUGCCCGAUAAAUCCCUAAAGCCAGACCUUGGUCCUAAAACAUAUAUAGCAUAUGGAUUUUCUGAAGAGCUAGGACGUGGAGAUUCUGUGACAAAGCUACACUGUGACAUGUCAGAUGCGGUGAAUGUGUUGACGCACACUGCAGAAGUGGCCUAUGCACCUCAGCAGCUUUCAAAAAUUAAAAAAUUGAAAAAUAAACAUGCUGCCCAAGACCAAGAAGAAAUUUUUGGUAUAGUUCCUAUAGAUAAUCAAGAGGCUGAGAAGCACGUCCCAGACUCCAAUGGGAAGUUCAAAUCUGAGGGAGCUAACAGUAGCUCAUGCGGUGAAGAUUAUUGUGCUGAGGUUAUUAAAGCUGGAGACAAGGGGGAAGAUGCUGACAUUUUGGGUAAAAAUGGAAAUAACAAUAUGCAAGAUAUCAUAUUUGAUGAAAUAGAUCGAGUUUCUAGUUUGCCUUCAGAAAAGAAGACAAAGAACAGGCAGGGAAGAGGAGUUGGGCGAGGUAGUAAGAGGAACAGAGGAAAUAUGCAUAAUAGAUUGGAUGUUGAGUCUGAAGAUUUGUUGACAGAGACUGGUAAUGGUAUUGAAUCUCUGAAUGAAGUGGGUAUUAGAAAUGUGGAAAAUGAUAGGAAAGUAGGACAGAGUGAUACUAAUCUCUCAGAUCAUCAUUGUUUAACAACUGAUGUCCACCAGCAAGGAGAGUUUUCUGGCGGUCCAACUGCAGUUUCUGAAAACAGAUUGAAUGGGUUGGAGACAGCAGAGGGAGGUGCUGUCUGGGACAUAUUCCGUCGACAAGAUGUUCCCAAGCUGCAGGAAUAUCUUAGAAAGUACCACAGAGAAUUUAGGCACAUCUAUUGUCGUCCAGUAGAGCAGGUGGUUGACCCUAUUCAUGAUCAGACUUUCUACCUCAAUUUGUAUCAUAAGAAAAAGAUCAAAGAGGAAUUCGGAGUUGAACCUUGGACAUUUGUGCAAGAACUUGGAGAGGCUGUCUUUAUACCUGCUGGGUGUCCUCAUCAAGUCAGAAAUCUUAAGUCAUGUAUUAAGGUUGCUCUUGACUUUGUUUCACCUGAAAACAUUGGCGAGUGCAUUCGUUUGACUGAGGAAUUUCGUGUUCUUCCUGAGAAUCAUAGUGCCAAGGAAGACAAACUAGAGGUAAAAAAGAUGUCUCUCCACGCAUUAAGUCGAGCUGUGGAUGAUUUGGAGCAGCUUACACGGUCUUAGACCACUGAAGUUCAGGCAUCACUAUCGAAAACUUCAUUGCAAAGUCCAGACUCAUGUCAGCCGUCACAAAUAUCUCCCUCCAUCUUCCCCAGCAUCUUCUUCACAUUCCACCUGAAUGUUUGACUUCAUUUCUGGAAGAUCGAAGUCCAUGUCAGUACUGAAAACUAGAAAUAAUUUGAAUCUGCAGUGUUUUUUUUAUUUAUUUUGCUCGGUCUGGUUUUGGUGGUUGUAUCACUUGUUGUGCAAUAUGCCCUGCUUUUGUGCGGCGCCCCUGGAUGAUUGUCCUUUACCAGGGCCUUUUUUUGGUACUGUGUUGCAAUUUAAAAGGUAGAAAAGUUUUGUGUUCUCUCC